CACGAUAACCUUUAGCAGCAGCUGCGUUGCAAUGUGUAAUUGUUUUCAAGUCAUGACCUGUUGUUACUCCUAAGUUUUUACGUUCUUGAACGCGUGGAAGAGAUGUACCAUCAAUGUUAUAAUGAUAACUAUUACCGUGUCCGAUGUGCAUGAACACACUCUUGCUAGAAUUAACUUCUAAGCCCCAACCUCAAGCGCAUCCAACUAAUUCAUCUAUGUCAGCUUGGUGAUCCAAACAAUCAGUUUCACUUCAUAUUGUUCUCUGGAUUUUCGCAUCAUCCGCAAACAAUAAUUUCGACGACUUAGGCAACAGCGGUAAUUCAUUAACGUGGAGAAGGAAAAAUAGAAAGCCUAAGAUGGUGCCCUGGGGUACACUAGAAUCGAAAAAGUUUGAGAUAGGUAGAAAAUAUAUCAACAGGAGUGUUAUAAAGCAUUAACUAUCGGAAGGAUCCAAAUUUAUUUGAUUUUGUAUUUCAGAAAGUGGGAUUUUAGACGUAAUGCUUUUGUCUUUACGUCUGAGAGAUAUAGGUCAGAUUCGGAUGAGGAAGUUCAAUAGCAGUUCACAUGAGCAAGCAAGUGAUAGCUACUCUUUGUUGGAAUUAAAGACAACCAACAACUUCUAUGACCGCUUCUCUUCAAGAACCGAAGUACAUAUUAUGACUGAUGCUUUUAAUUAAUCAUAGUAUGGCAUCGUCGAGACUUGGUCAGCGAUAUCUUCCACUUUCGCUGGGACGAUGAUAAAAAACACAAAGUCCAAGUGUGUGUAAUUUUAAGGCUUUAUGCAAACAAUGCUCACUAAAAGCUGCUUCAGUUUGUGCAAACUAUUUAAGUAGUCUUUAGCUCAUGGAAUUUUCAAUAGUUGCAGUGGCUAACAGGAUCCACCGGCUUUCAUACUGAAUUGACGAUAACAAUAUGCUAUAGUGAGAAAAUCACUUGUAUUAUGUUCAACCAGAAAUCGGAUCAUUUCAGCUUAACAGUAUAGAUGCUGUAAAUUUGGGCUAGAAAAUGGUACGAUCUCAACAUAUUUUGCUCCAGAUAUCUAUUCUAAACCAACAUUGACCGUUAUUAGCUAUUAAACGCAGUUAAUUUGAAUUGAAAAUCUAAAAAUUGUAGGGGCUUUCACAUUGUUUAUGCUAUCAUUAUUCUUGUGAUCAAGUUUUCAAUCUUAUGAUAUACAUGCAUUAAUACAUGGUUCCCAUUAAAUUUAAGAAUAUCGGAUGUUUAAGCACCUUCUAUGUUAUGGUGUUAUUAUGUGGAUUGGUUUAUAUACUUAGUUGGAAGUCUAGUAUGUUGUCUUACCCUUCUUUUUACAGUUGAUAUUUUUAUAUACGAUCACUCAAACGUCUUCCACGUUCUAUCGUUCACUUUUUACACUGAUCUACUGAUCAGUGGAUACUGUAUCACGUUUUUUUGCUACAGCUGCUGUUGGUAUUUUCAUUUUGAAAUUUGUGUCAUGCAACAAUGCGAGUGCCAAAAAUAACUUAUUUACAAAAGCAAUUUUUUUGUCAUAGUUAGCUACGAGAACUCCGUCAUGACUGAAAUAACUCCCAUUUUCAUUAUUCUCAGAUUAAGCUUCGUUAUAAAGAAAAAAUAUUCAUUAGUUUAACUUUACACAUCAUGGAGACAGAAUAUUACUCUAUCUUAUGCUAUGAUGGCGUCGAACGAACAUUCAAGUGUCAGUCCACUCAGACACGUGAAGAGGAUAUGUAUAUACCUUUUGAAGUUGACUCAGAUAGUAGAUGAGCAGCAUUGCAAUAAAAUUUGUGAAUAAUUUGUUUAGUAGUUGCUGUUACAAGUGAAGGAACUGAAGAUAUAGAUAUUCUGGGUGACGAAUACACAGAAAAUCGAGAAGAGAACGAAAUUAUGGAUUUUGAUAAUAUGAGAAAAUCUGUAUCAUUUCGCAAAACUCCGGUCGAACUCAUUGCUCCGGCUAAAUAUGUGGACGAUGAAUAUGGAGUGGAAAGUGCACCAGAGUCGUCUUCUGAUAAGGAAGAAUAUCCUACUAAAGAAGAAUAUACAAAUCGUGAAUGGAUAAAUAAACCAAUAUCUAAUUGGAUUAAUUAUGCUUAUGUUAAUAUUCCUAAUAGUUUGGAUAAAGUUGAUAAUUUCAAAAGUGUAAAAAAUGAACAAAAUGUAAACAAUAAUUUUAAUUUUCCUUAUAUAUUACAAGUUGUAAAAGACAUAUGUUGUAGAAAUAAUCAAGAACAGUUGAAAUUAUCUUCAUUGGCUCAAACAUACGCUAAACGAAUUGCGAUAGCAGAUGGUAGUAAAAACUGUAAAUUUUGUGGCCGAAUUCUGUCGUCUACAUUGACAAAACCAUUUCAUUUAUCAAAUGAAGGAUAUUGUUGCGAUCGAUAUCAUCGUCUUUUUCGUUUGGCAGUUAGUUAUUCUGAAAUGUUAUACAAACGUUAUCGUCAGCAACGACGUGAUCAUAAUAGACAGAAAUCAAAUAAUCUGACAGAAGAUGCAUCAGAGAAUCAAGUCAAUGAAUCUGGCACAAAAAUUUCAGGAUCAGAAACAGAGUUAUUAAGUAAGUUGAUCACUAAAGUAUAUUUGUAAAGUAUUCACUAAAUCAUUAACAAUGUACAAAAUUAGAAACAUAUUGAUCUUACAUAGAUAUUACGUUGCGGAAAAUAUAUCUAGCCAUUUCAUAUUAAAUUAAGGGAGGAUUGUUACACAUUAUUUACAGUCGACUAAGACUAUAUUUUAGAUAUCAAUCAUCCUAUUUAUUCAAGAUGAUCAUUAAUACGCGUAUAAUUUUUUGAAAAUAUAGAUGAUUUGAAAAUUAAACUCAGCUAAAGUCUUCAACAGAUAACUAGGCAUAUUUUCACGUUGUACUAGUUGCUUACUUAUUUCUUUAUCCUUCCAAAAAUGACGAAUAUAAAGAUGAACAUAGCAAACCGAAAUACCUUAUAUUAUUAUGAUUACAAAAGUCAUCAUCUUGUACGUUCAUUACACAACCACAACUCAUCACAAUUAAGAAAUUAUAAUUUGCGCAUGGCCGAGUCAUAAAGCAUGAGAAGCUGAACAACUAGUGAAUAACUGAUUAGCAAUAAUAUUGGAAUGGAGAAACACAUAUCAACGACUAAUCAAUUAAAUGAAAGUUUAUAAUUAGGAUAAUAGGAAAAUACCAUCAAUCAAGUAUUUAAUAAUUGCGCUGUAAAAAUAAACGUAGUAAUUCACCGUAUAAUAGAAUUCAAGAUUUCAUCUUUUCUUUAUCUCCUCUUCUACACAAGAGCUACAUUAAUUAAACGUUGUCUAUAUAUAUAUACAUGCCCUGCUCGUCCCCGCUUCCAACUAAACAUUUCUAAUCAUGUACUCAUCUUUUUCAAGAGUUUUUUCAUCCCAACCAAACGGUACAUUUUUUAUUUGAUUCUUAAUUGCAUAACAUCUCAACUUAUAACAUAUUUCCUAACUAAUUAAGCCAUUUCUCACUGGAUCGUUUCACAAGAUUGUGGAUAAAUCCUUUUUGAGAUAAUAUGGCGGUUGGAGGUAGUCAACAGGAAACCUUGUACUCGGGUUUCGUGCUAUUUGGCACUCGUCAGCCAGGUGUACGUGUAAUCUUGAGGGGACUGUUGCUCCCUGAUGGAUUCGAUCACGUGUCACCCAGCUUUCCAGUCAGGUACACAUUGCUGACGAGUACCAAAUAGCACAAAACUCGAGUCCAAAGUUUCCUGUCGACUACCUACAACCACCAUUUUAUACUAACAUAGUGCACGCAAUGUCGAAUCACCUAGACUAGUGGCCACAUAGCAACUUGGUCGACAGGAUUCGAUCUACACUAAGAAGGAAUUGACACACAUGAUAUUGAUCAUCACUCAGUGAUCAGUCAAUUGUGAAUAAAUCUUUUUUAAAUAAUUCCAUCUAUUUGCUUCCAAUCUUUGUUGGACAAAAAUUUCAUAAGAAUAUCAUUUAAAUAUUUGUCCGUCACAGAAAAUAUUAUCCAGUACAACAAUAAUAACACGAUAUACUUGUGAAUUAACUCUUACCAAAUAAUAAUAAAAUUAAUCCUCCUUAUAGGUUUUAAACUAAGAACUUUAUUUAAAUCAUAAUGAAUAACUAUGUAGGUUGUUUAUGUAUUCAAAUGAUCACUUUUUUUUCUGCAUAACUUUAUACAGUUAACUGACUCUUUACCGAUUUAUCAUUUGUAAUAUAAGCAUUGACGGUCCCUAUAAUGGUCAUCUUAUAUACUUCAAUCAGUAACGAUACAUAUCACGUUAUAAAUUUAGUUGAUAUAUAAUUUGGUCAACAUGCAACAACAACAAAAAUAAUAAUCAUAUAAUAUUGAUUACUUGUUAGUAACUGACUAAUCUAGAUCAAUUUGAUGUGACUUAGGUUUUAUAUAAAUCUCAUUUAUAUUAAUUAAUUAAAUGAAUAUGAUGAACUAUAUUAAAACCACUUGAUAGUUUAUGUUUUAACUAAUUACUGAAUUUGAAAUAAUUUAAUUAUUAUUAUUAUUUUCAUAAUACUUAUCGAGUUCUGGUUAAAUUUAUACCAUAUUGAAAGGUUAAUAUCAAUAUGAUAAGGCUUACUUAUAAAGGUGAGUGAAUAAAGGACGAGAAGAUUACUUCUUGAUUAAAGUGCAUAUGUCAAAAUAGAUUAUUGUCUAUCUAAUGUACAUGAUUAGUUUUAAUGUCGAAAACAUUGUUUGAUACUUACGAUGAAAGUUGGAAAUUGAAAUAUGCUUUAGAAUUAAACUUUAGAGUUUAUGAUUUAAGUUUAGGGUUAGAGUUAAGAUUAAGAUCCAAAUUUAGGGUUAUUAAAAUUGGGAUGAAGAGUUUGGGAAUUUUGUUAAGAUUACAAUUUAAAAUAUAAGGUUUAGGAAUAAUGACUAGAGUAUACAUAAACUACCCAAAAAGCCUUAUCCCAAGUUUAAAUCAUAACCUUAAAUGAUGAUUGUAAUUAUAAAUCCUAAACCUUCAUCUUGACUCUAAUUCUAAAUCAUUCAUUCACAUUAAUUGUUUUCAGACUGACUGAGUUGGGCCUCAUAUCUGAUUAGCUCGCCCAUAUAAGUUAGUUUUACUGAUUAAGACUUGUAAAUUAAUUAGUUUCAUGGCUUUAAAAGAAUCAUAUUAACUAACGUGCUGAUACCUUUUAUCUCCUAAAUAAUACACAUAAUUUUAAUUUGAACAUAUUUGCAUUGUGUUGUUUCUCUUACUCAUUUUAUUAUCCUAUUUCAUUUGUCUGAUGGCAAUUUUAGUUGGCAUAUGUCCGUCCUGUGCGGACAUUACUGUUAACCACAGUCCAUCUAUUCACUUAAUUAUUUUAUUUACCUUAUUCAUCAGUUUUGUAACUAAGGUAAUGUAAUGCUAUGUAGGAUAUUGCAUAAAGGUUAACUAUUUUAUCGGUAAUAUGCAAUUACUGAUGGAAUUGUAGCUAUUACUUGUAUUUUUUUAAAAAUCACUCUUCUUUUUAUAUACACUGACAAACCUGUGAGUGAAACUUUAAAGGAAACAAUACAAAAUCAAGACCAAAAAUAUAUAGACAUGAAGAAUCAGCAAGAAACUUCAGAUUUAUAGAUAAAUAUGUCAAGAUUCAAUCAGGUAUGUUUAUGUAAUAGUCUCCUAUUGGUUAUACAGACAGUGUUGUCUUUUCUGGUGUAUAUAUUAUACACUUAUCUGAUGAUCUGUCAUUAAUGAUUGGUGUUGUAUGUCUGAAUAUAUUUUGAAUUCUGUGUUGUGAUUACACUUUUAAAUUUACAUAUAGUAUGUUAUUAUCUUGAAUUGACUGAGUUUAAAAAUACUGUAACUGUUGAAUACCAGUUCCGUAUCUUAGAGAUAUCAUGUUUGCAACGAUACCUAAAGAAGUUACUUAUUAGUAUUACACACAUUUCCUAUGUACUUGCUCAAUCAACUAUGAGAAUGAGGAGACUGAAGAAUGACGAAAAAGCUGUAAUUGGCAGAAUCAAAUAUUUAGGUGCAAAUAUCUUAGGUAUAUAUACAUGUUUCCUUCUGAAUCAAACAAAGAAAUUUAGGCGCGUUGAGAUCAUUGAAGUCCCUGAGGCCUAUCUAGAGUCCUGUAGGCACCGCAGGUACUGUAGAAAAUCGAUCAAAAAGGUUAAGAAUUUUACUUACAUGAUUCAUAGACUACUGUGUCAUGACGUCUUUAGGUUAUUCUUUUAUAUAAUGUUUUACGCUAAUUUCGUGACAUGUAAGAGAAAUCAUUCAGAAACGUAGUUAUGGCCAGAUAAAGGGUUUAAAUAUAAUCUGGCUUUAUCAUGAACAGAUUAGUUUAUGUAAUUAAAAUAAUCUCUCUCAAGACAAAAAAAACUCAUAAUACAUUUUGAAAAAAGAAACUCAUAAACUACAUAAAACUAACACAACAUACACUGAAGUUUCACUAUAUUUCGAGUCACAGAUUCUUGGUUUUGACGACUUGCGUACUGUCUGCAUCUAAUAAGUGACAUAAUCUCAAGGCCACUCUUAGCAUGAUUCGAGCUUUUUUGUUUAAUAUAGUUUCACCGAAAAAAACCACUAUACUUUUGACCCUGGUCAUGAUCCGUCAAAUAAUUUAUAAAUGAGUCAGUUACCCACCAAAGGUCAUGGGAGAUGGUCAUACAAUAUCGUGUAUUGGUUGAAGUUAGACAUUAACACCAUUGGAUGCCAGUUCAAUGAUCUAAAGCUUAAGCGUCCUCAUGAGACCGAAUAUCCAUGGUUCCAAUUCCAUAUGCAAGAUUGUGGGUGUGAACUGCUAAAGAUUUCAAUACUAAGGCGAAAUGACCAUUUAAUGCUUCCAGUUUUUUUUUAAUGAUAGUCUAAUAUUGAUUGGUUCCUAAUCUCAAUUAAAACUCAGUAAUCUCUACGGCCUUGUACUGAUGAUUUAAGGAUGACUAAAAAAUGUGACAAAACUGUACUUUACUUUUUUUUUAAAUUCAACUAUAUUUUGCUUUAAUUUUUCUUUAUUGUUCUAUUCAUUCUUCACUGUAAUACGUUAUUUCAUUUUAUGCAAAGCUUGUAAAACACUAACAUUUAUUUUUGUCCCUAAUCUAUUCUACAGAACAGAAGCUUUCGUUCGGUGUAUGAUUCAUUGCCAUACCCUUUUCUGCUCCGAAUCUAUUGUAAUUUAAAUAUGAUAUUUUGCAUCCUAUUUUCUAUAAAAAAGAAAGAUUAGUUCAGCAAAGAGUUCUCUUUUCGGCGAAUUCAUUUUCAAAGCUGUACAAUCGCAAAUAUAUAUACUUAUUUUUACAGGGUGAUAAUAAUACUGAUAAUAAACUUCUGUUAUACAUGGUGACAGUGAGGUUAAAUAAACAAAGGUAUUAGAAAAAAAAUUUUUCAAACAAGGAAAGUUUGAUAGUUAAUGGCUUAAGUAUUCAUCGGGUAAGGAUGGAUUUUUUUCCAGCAUGAUAAAAUAACAUAAAAUGUUGAAACAGAGAUGAAAUGUAAUCGGAAUGAUCGUGGAAAUAAAAACAAACCGGUUGGGGAUAGAAGAUUUGAAGGGAAGAUGGAAGGUGAAGCAGGUGGCUGUAAAAAAACAAGAGUAUGAAGAAAGAGAAAAAAAAUUUUAAUACAUUAAGACCAUGGUAAAAGAAGAGGUUGUACCAGUCUUUUUUGUACACAUAAUUCUGGUUUUUCAAAAUGUAUGGCUAUUGCCUCGGCAAUGCAAAGAAGAUGCAGUCUAAUUGUCUUAGAAAGGCUUCUACUUACCUUGUAGAUGACUUUGAACGCAGAGUCUGUCUUGAUUGAGUGACCUGUGCUCACAAGGUGUUCGAUUAUAGAUUUUCUUAUUGAGCCGUUGCCUCCUCUUCUUAGCCACGCCUAUUUUCUACUCUAAUUCCCAGCUUUGGACAUAAUUGUAUUUUUCCUAAUUAUUGUAUGUUGUGGUGGUCGGUUUAGUCACCUAUUUAUUCAUGUACCUUUUUACACUAAUCUGAAAUCAGGAAUAGAUCGAUUAGUGUUCCACUUGUCUUGUCUUCUCUCAUUCGCAUGCUUGUCAGCCAAUCAGGUGAUAGAAUAGUUUUCUUCUCUCUACGCCAUUUCGAACUCGCGUACUAGCCUCAAGGUUAGGUCAGUCAGUCUAUCGCGCCAAGGUCUUAAUCUAGAUUAGAUAAAUGACCUCAGCACCAAAAGUGGGUAGACAGACCAAAGGACAUGACACAGUUUAGAUAUCGAAAAAUGGUACAAUAUAUAAAGAAAAAUUAAGAAGAGAAAUGAGAAACAUUUCAUGAUAUUUUGAUACGAUUGCAGAAUAAUAAAUAAGAACUUUUUUGUUUAAAUUUGAUCGAAUUAAUGUGAAACAUUAAAGUGGAAGAAAAUGCAUUUGUAAAAUCUCAGUGAAUGAAUAUGAAGCAAAUCUAACGUUUUGCCUGAUAAUCUGAUCCAAACUUUUUCAAGGAAAUGUCUCACAUUAACUCCGUGCUCAAAUACUGUGAAACUAUUCGAUCAAAUUAAGACAAAAGUUCUUAUUUAUUAUUUAGUGAUAUUGUUUAAUUAAGAAAUCAAAUUACAUUUUAUUCAAUUACAGUUAGUAUUUGUUUACUAUUUAUAUGUGAUAUAAAUGGAAGUUACACUAAGAUUAUCAUCGGUUAUUAAUCUGAAAUGCGCUUGGUUUGUUUUAGAGUCAAUAGAAUAAACAAUCAUAAUAAGAACUCUAUCCAAAUGUUAUAAACUAACAGAAUAAAAUCAUUUAUCAUUCUACGGCUGUGCCAUAAAUUGGUUGCUUCUUUAUUUCAUCAUUUAGUCCAAACGUCAGUGAGUAAUAUAAUGUAUAACAGUCUAUUGGACAUGUGAAUGUAAAUAGGUCAUCAAAUUAGGUGUUACUGCAUAUAUAUAUGUAAAGUAUUUAUUUUAAACAAUUUCCAUUUUGACAUACAUCAAGAUUAAACGUAAUUUGUAUCAAUCAAUAUAGUGCGGGAUCGUGGAUGCGCACUACUGAGGAGUCCCAUACUAGGACGAAACGACCGUCCGGUGCUUCAAGGUUUUCCAUGGUGGUCUAGCUUCAACUGACUCAUGAUUUCAAUCAGUGAAAUUUCUAAAAUCUCCACAAAACCCCUUCUGACAAUAUUAUUUAUAUCUACUAGUGAUGCUGUAAUUACUUCUAUUACUGUGGAAUAUGUCUUGAUAGUUUUAUCACACUAUGCCAAUGUGAUGUGGAAACUUGAACCGAUACACAAAUAUUCCAAGUUCUACAAUGUAUAUAGUAGACUUACUGACUGACUGGCUGAUUGAUAUAAUUUAUAUUCUUAAAAAGAUGUAUAUGUGUAUGUAUUCGUAAAUAUUUGAUAAUAUAACACUAUACUUUCGGAAAUAGUUCAACUUUGAAUCUGUGUUAUUGAACACCUCUUUGAAAUGAAGUCAUUGAAAAUUGUUCUUAAUUUCAUCAUAAAUAUCUUAAUACAUCAUCAUUAUAUACAAAAUUCUUGAAUCGUUAUAUUUCAUGCUUGUUUGUUUUGUUCUAUUGUUGUUUAAGAACUUACGAUGAAUCAUAAAUGAUCUCGUUUCAAUUAACUUUUCAAUCCAUUUACCAUUUUUUAAAGAUUCAUUAUGUUAAUAUUUUCAUUAGAAAAUGUCAUUUGUUAUUAUUUAUUAGAUCACAUGUGAUUUUAUCAUUUCAUAUCUAUGAAGAUAGUUUUCUUAAUUAACUCUAAUAGUAAUUUCAGUUACAAGAAAUUGGAGAUAAUAAAAUAUUCAUAAUCAAUUUGUAAAUAUCAAUUUAACGUUGAAUAUGAUUGAAUGAAAUGAUAACAAAGACAUUGUAUUAUGUCAUUUAAGCGUUUUCACAUGAGACCGAAGUUCUUUGGUAUGAGUCCAACGUGUGGGACCGUGGAUGCUCACUGCUGAGGAAUCUCAUACUGGGACGAAACAGAUGUCCAAUGCUUCCAGGUUUUCAAUGGUUGUCUAACAUUUAUCCAUUUAUGAUAUCAACUUAAAGUCAAUAAUUUUCACAACCGUAAACUGAUAAUUUAGAACUGUAAGUUGUUUUUUUUUCGAGAUUUGUAAUAUCUGAAAAUAGUUUUCCUUAAAUAAUAAAUGAAAGUUGAUUAGAGAAAGAUCAUUCAAAAUCAAAGAUACAAUGAGCAAACUGUUUCACAUUAUUACUUUGAAUUGGAUAGUAUUUUUCACAUACGAUUCUAUAUACAAUCAAACUUUCCAAUUACAUUACAUCAUCCUGAGAUUAUAACAUUUUUACAUUUUUUUAUUCCAAAUCUAAUCAAUCACACUACCAACUUGGAUUGAUUUAUGGUUAAUUAUGUAUAUUAUUUAUUGUACUAAAUAUUGCUUUACACAUAUGAACAUAUAUGUUCACACAAUAAUCAAUUCCUAUUUUACAUUAUGUUAGGUCAUUAGCUGAUACUACUGGAAAUACAAAUAACGACGAUAAUGAAGAGACCGAAUAUACAACUGAUAGAAUUGUUUAUCAAUUAUCAAAUCGUAAGUAUAUUGAACAAGGAUGGACUGCAGUGAAUCAUGUACAACAUAGUGACAAUGAUAAUAAUAAUGACGAAUUGUUAUUAGUUAAUGAAGGCAAAUCAAUGCAUAUCAACUCAGAUGAAGUAAAACAUGAGUCGAUUGAAAUACAACUUGAUUUUAUACAACAUACAUAUUCGAAUGGUGAAAUAUUUUUACGAAAAUAUAACGACAAUACAGGAGUCAUAUUGUAUCCUUUUCUUUUGUAGUCUUGAAAGCUAGACAAAAGCAAAACUGAAGAAAUGUUAUUUCGUCUUAACUAGAAACUCUUCAACAGUAUAGCAUUGACAAUAUCUCCAAAACAUUAGUAGCCUUCUUCACUCUGUGAUGCAUCACCGAUUAGUCGUGAGGAGGGAUAAAAUAAUGGUGAUAGCAGAAUAUACAACUGAAAUUAAACGAUCCCUCAAAUGAUCUUGGAAAAUUUUUAUUCAUUCAGCUAGUCAGAAAUCAGUAAGCAUGAACGACUGGUUUAUAAUACUAGGACUAGGAUGUACUUUGCAUUCAAUGUGAAAAUCAAGGUGAAAAUAUUCAUAAAAUAUACACCCAACUUCGAAAUCAAGAGGUCGAAUUCCGUAAGAAUCGGUCGUACGCGGACCGAAUCGCGACACCACAGACCAUCGUUGAACGAUCAGUUUAAUGAAACUCGUCAUUAUAAAUGGAAUUCACCACUCUAAAUCAACUUCAUUGACUUCCAAAAAGCAUUUGAUAGCAUGGACGGGGUAACACUAUGGAGGCUUCUUCGAUAUUACGGCGUGCCUGAGAAGAUAGCCCACACCAUACGGAAUUCUUAUGAUGGAUUAAACUGCAAAAUCGUGCAUGGAGGACAGCUGAUAGACGCAUUCCAAGUAAGGACCGGAGUCAGACAAGGCUACCUACUCUCCCUCUGUCUCUUUCUUCUGGUGGUUAACUAGAUUAUGGAGACCUUCACAUCUAAGAAAAAGCACGAAAUACAGUGGACAGGUUGGAUGCAGUUAGACGAUUCGGACUUCGUAAAUGACCUAACCUUUCUAUCUCAUACACACCAACAAAUACAGAUAUAGACAACUAAUGAAGCAGCAGCCUAUGCAUUAGUAGGCCUCAACAUACACAAGAGGAAAAGCAAGAUCCUCAAAUACAACACGGAGAACACCAAAGCAUUCACACUUGAUGGAGAGACUCUGGAACAGGUGGAAACAUUCGCGUAUCCGAGAAGAAUCGUCGAUGAACGUGGAGGAUCUGAUGCAGACGUAUAGGUGAGGAUUGGCAAAGCAAAGACAGCAUUCCUAUGGUUGAAGAACAUAUGGAACUCAAAACGAAUGUUAACUAACAUCAAAGUGAGAAUCUUCAAUACGAACGUCGAGACAUUUCUACUGUAUGGAGCUGAAACUUAGAGAACUACCACAACCAUCAUCAAAAAGGUACAAGUAUUUAUAAACAAUUGUCUACGUAAGAUACUGAAUGUUCUUUGGACGGAUACCGUCAGUAGUAGCCUACUAUGGGAGAGAACAAACCAGCUUCCAGUUGAGGAGGAAAUUAGGACAAGUCACUGGAAGUGGACAGGACAUACAUUGAGUAAAUCACUAAACUGCAUCACGAAGCAAGCCCUAACUUGGAAUCCUGAAAGGAAAUGGGAUAGAGGAAGACUAAAGAACACACUGUCGGGAAUCAGAAGUAUACAUUGAAAGGAUGAAUAGCAACUGUAAAGGAUUGCCCAGGGCACAGUUUAAUGGAGAACGCCGGUGGGCGGCCUAUGCUCCUCCACGAUGAGUAGUAGGCAUAAUCAAGUAACCCUAAUAUGAUCUGGCAACUUAAAUCGAUGAACAAAUGUGUCUUGCUCUACACUGCACAUGACUGACUGGGUGAAAAGGCAUUUUGUUUUCAUGUAUCCGCCAUAACCUUAGAGGUAUUAAUAUAUUUAUCAUUGCAUCCACAGCGUAGUUAAGCUUAAUUGAAAUAUUUAUUUAUGACUGAUAUUUACUCAAGUUGAUCAGGUACAGUUAACUUGAUGAAGUACAUCUAACACAUCAUUAAAGGAAAAAUGAAUCAACCAUGGAGUCAAAGUUAGGGAGUUCGAAUUUAACACUAGUGACUUUCGAAAUUCAGUGUUUAAACUGACUGAAGUAGCUUUAAGCAAGAAAUUUCAACUGUUAGCUAUCGAACAUGGUACUUUUGUGAAUUAUUUGUACAAAUUGACAAACAGGUAAGUUUUAUUCUUUUUAGAUUUAAAUUGAUAUUAUUAUUUGGCUCAAUCUAAAAUUGAUUGCAAUGUGUACUAUAACCCUAUAGGUCUACUAAUCGAAAUCGUUCUUUCUACAAUCGAAUUUUUAUUUAGGAUUAUUGAAGCAGUUAUAAUUAUAAGUGACAUCAUAUAUAUAGUUCAAUAAAUGCUUGCGACAUUGACUUCUUGGAUAGAUUUGUACACUCAGUAGUCUACACAUCCUCAAGAUGACAACACGAUGGUUAAAAUUUGGUUAUUGAUAUCAACGAUUAUAUCGAAAGUUAUGAGUAACAUUUUAAAGCUCCCCAAAAGUUGUCAAAAUUAGUGGUAAUUUAAGUGUUCGACUAUUAAAAAAAAAGAUAAAUACAUAUGUGCUUUUAGAAUUUACGAUAAAUUACCAGAAGUACUAACUAGCUAAAACUAAGUUAAGUACUCUUUGUCUAUUUUUUUAUGCUUUUUUAGGGAGAAAAUUAGUAUUUCCUAACAAAUACUAAGCAUUUAUUAAACAAAGAUGGAUAGUGGCUAAGAGUGAGACUCAGGACGUGCAUUUCGUCCUAUCUGAGACUCCUUAGUUGGAUGUACCUGCGUCGCGGAGGUGAUGCUCACUCCGGGACUCGAACCCAGUACCGUUCGUUUCAAACGCCAUCGCGUUAUCCACUUAGCUACUGAGUCCUGAUAGCUAUUUGCCUGUGCAAUGGGGUGAAGUUUAAAUUCACUUGGUGUUGUUUUACUUGUAUCUUCCCAUUGUUAUUUAGGACUGCAAUUGAUCAGUCUUAUGUUGGCAUAUGUGCAUCCUGUGCGGAUUGCUUCGAUAUCGUCUUAAGUCACAAGAUUUUUAAGCAGUUACAAUAGUUUUCAUUAAAUUGUAACUUUUGAAGACAUAGAAUACAGCAUUACAUAAUAAUUAAGGUUAUCCUCAACAUUAUCAAUGUUCGAUAAUUGUAUGUUGUAUCCAUAAACUUCAAUCAUUUUUUCUGUUUAUUUAGUGAGGGUGUGAUGUAUACUCGUUCAAUUUACGGAUUAUAUUUUUAACCCUGAUUUUGACAAUAUUCGUUUUUCAUCCCGAAUAUUGGGGUGCGCUACACUGAAAUUUCCGUAACACACAAAUGCUGACAACUUGAGAUGAUUAAAAUAAAAACUUCAGUGAAAAUUACAUUGCAAUAUGCAGCACACAGCUACUAAGAAAAAUAAGCAAUAUUACUGGAUACAGCACACUUAAUGAACAUUGAAGACGUAAAUGACUUAAGGCUUCAAUAAUCAAAUACAUACUCAUGUAAUCUACAUUGGUGAAUAACUUUUUGUUAAAUCUGGUAAAACAAUUUGGUUGUUUACUACAAUUAAGUAGAUAGUGAGAGGGAGAUAGUUCAUGUUUCCAGCCUUACAACCAAGUAUUUCAAUCACGAACUUACUCUACUUUGCAGAUAUACAAGCAACAAAUCAGUAUUAGAAUGAUAUUCAAUGAGUUUGAAUGUACUGACAAGUUUAUAUAUCUACAACUCACCUGAGUGUUGUUUCAUACAAAAGAAUUCUAUUUAUUUGAAAAACUCUGUUGGUAUAGACUAGAAAGGAAAAAAGAAUUAUUUAGAAGCAAAUAUAAACUUUAUGACAUUUUUUAUUAUUAUGACAUUCUAGUAUUUAUGAGACCAAAAUGUAUUAAAAGUUGUUUUCUAUGAAGUCUCAAGAAUCCAUCAGCAACAAAGUUACUAUUGAUUACAUAAUUAUAAUGAUCUAUUAUAGAAACCAUCCAAGAAUUAAUCUCCACAAAAUCUCUUAAUCGAAAUAAGCUCGAAUUUCCUUGGAAAUGAAUGAGCUUAGUAGAAUUUUAAAAUUUUGAAGAUGUCAAUAGAGAAUAAAUUGAAUGAUUGUAGAAUAGCUCAUAACACGAUUUUUACAUUAUUUCUUUGACUACAGUGAAAUAAAAAAAUAUUAAUAUGUCGCCAAGAAAUAAUGUAUAACUCUGAUACUCAGACAGUUAUUAUUCAUUAAUAGUAACUAUGCAAAGUAUAUUGAUGUAUUAAGUAUUUCGAUUAGUAUAUUAAAACUACAAAUUAAGCAAAGAAAAAUUUCUUUUCAAUUAAAUCCUCGUGAUGGUUCUGAACUAGAAUAUUGACUUAACAAUCGAAUGUAAACCUUAUAAUAAAUAAUGAAUGUAUUUUUUGUUUUAUCAACAUGAGUAGAAAAAUUGUAUUUCUGACGUUUCGUGACUUAAUAUAAACCACUACUUCAGAAUAAAUAAAUAGCUGAAUUAAAUUAAGUAUAAAUAGUAGCAUAUAAAUUAACAGUAUAUUAUCUUAAUAUUUUCGCUAAAUUUUGUGACCGGUUAGUAAUUCAAAGCAUAAUUAAGUGUAAAUGAUUGGUUUGCUUUAAGGGGUUUUCUGAAGAUUGUUUUUUAUCUGGACGCCGUAUAUGUCACAGAUUGUUGGUUGGUUUGCGAUUGAAAAGCAAAGAGCAUUGAACUGCUGUUUUACUUUCUUAUGAGACUCCUCAUUACCAUGCACAAAAACCUUACGAGGUACCGAGCUUAGGACUCGCAGCGAUCGUCUAACCAAUAUUUGGGGAACGUUAGCUGGAUGUAGCUACGUCCCAGUGUUGAUGUUCACAUUGAGACACAAACCCAGUUUCCUUCACUUCAAACGCUUUGUUACCCGUUAAGCUGCCGAUACCAAAUUCUUAUUGAGUUGUUCACUGAAUGUGUUUAUAUAAUUAGUUUUAAAAAUGUGAAUCAUCUUAUAGUUAAUAUUAGGAGCUGAUUUUAAUUGAUCAUUCUCAUUAAAUGUGAAUAUUGUGUGGAUUUUCUUGAUAUAGCGUUUUAUUCACUAGAUAUUUUACGUCCUGAUGAGGAAGCCAACUUAGCGAUUUAAAGGUACCGCACUCGUUGCUCUAAAUCACUAAGUCGUAGUUUCGGUUAUUUUCAAGUGCCGAAUACUGGAGAGUUCCAUUUUCAAACGAAAGAAUUCUUCAACGCUACUUGGAUUUUAAUAGUUGGCUAGUUAAAAUCCGCCUGUCAUGUAGACUGUCUUAGAAUCCUGCUAAGAAAUUUUCGGAUUUCCAGUGAGAAGCUAUGAGCAGUUGUACUAAACUUUGUCGGGUAACAGGAAUAUACUCACCAAAGACAAUGGAAGAUGAUUGUUUACUUAAACCUGUUACCCCUCAAUGAGCAUCGGCCGCUGACCAACAACCCCCGACCUACACUAUCGCGUGCGCUCAUUGCAAGUUGUUCCCAAGUGCUUUUUAUUCUUUUGAUGUCUCUCUCCCAUUCCUUAUGCAAUGUGUUAUCGGGUCCUUCUCUUUUGUUUUUACCUUCGGGAUUUCAAGUUAGCGCUUGAUACAACUGGAUGAUUUCCGCAAUGUAUUUCCUGUACACCUCGAGCAUCUCUUCCCAAUUUCCUCUUCAGUUGAAAGUUAGUUUGUUGUUGCUGAUGGUAUCCGGCCAACUGACAUUCAGUAUCUUGCGUAGACAAUUGUUUGAAACUAUUUGUACUUUUUGAUGAUGGUUGUAGUAGUUGGCCGACAGCUGUUUUGAUUUCCGUAUGUUCUUCAAUUGUGAGAAUGACGCUCUCACUAUAUCAAUCCUUACCUUUACGCCUGCAUCAUAUCCUCCUUGUUCAUCGAUGACGCUGACUAGGUACAUAAAAGUUCUCACCUCUUCUGAGUUUCUCCAUCAAGUGAGAUUAGGUCUGUACUCACUGUUGUAUUUUAGGAUCUUGGUUUUCCCUUGUGAAUUUUGGAACCUACUGCUACAGAGGUUGGCGCUACACUGACUGUCUUCAUCUGCAUUUGUUUCUGUGAAUGAGAGGUGGCUGAGCAAUACCGUCGACCUUUUGGACUUAAACUUGUACACCACUGGUCUCAGCUCAGGGGUUUAUGUGCUAAACCUUCUGCAUGCGUAAUGUCUAGUCUUCACUGCCGAGAAGUCCCAUAGUAGGACGAAAUGGUCAUUAAGCGCUUUCAGGUUUUCAAUGGUUAUCUAAUGAUCCGGGCUAUCGGAUUCCAACUCAGAUAUAUGAAGGUUAGGCACUCAUCACGAGACUUGGAGUUCCUGCAUUCAGUUUUUGAGGGGGGUCAUGGAUGCGCGCCGCUAGUGAGUCCUAUACUACAGAGAAAUAUGGAUUCAAUGGCAUUUGGGUUUACAUGGUUUCUUUAGAUUAUGUCAACCACAAAACAAUAGCUCACAUAUUCAAAGUAUAUUUUUUACAUGAUUAUAAUGUCAUUUAUCAUAGAUAAAAUGAGAAGUACUUUUCUCUGUGUUAACCGAGUAAUUGGGACUAAAAUACAGUCAAGAGCUAGGUAUGUGCACAGGUCUCGAUUUUGUUUGAUCCCUUAUAAAUAAUAACAAGGCAACGUCUACAUUCUACCCAGACGAAAUUCAAUAUCACUCUUUCACUGUCAUUUUUGCUUAUCAAUAUCUUUUAUUGGUAACAUCUAAUUUCAAGUAAAGUGACAGAAUGAAAGCUGUAAAUUUAUAUAAUCUUUAUUAAAUAUUCUGCUCAAUACAUCUUAUAGAAGUCUGUUAACAUAAUAUAGCUCUCACCUAGUAAGUCAUUUUCCAAGAAGUUAUUGUUUAUGAAACUAAUUAUGAAUAUUAUUUCAUAAUCAAUCGUACCUUAGGUCGAACAACCUUAUAAAAAUCUCAAUUUUUUUGUUCUGUGGUAUAAAAUAAUACAAAACUCCUUAACAAAUAUUCACAACAUUCAGUUAUCCAACUGGUAAUCCAGCAAUCUUGUUUCUACCUAGCGAAAUGAACACUAAUAAUAAUGAGCCAGUUGGUCUACUAUUCAUUGUACAUGAUCUACUACAUCUGAAUAUGACAAAAGUUCGAAAGGAAGAUACAAAAAUAAAUCAUAAACAAAAGUCUAAUUCUUUUAAAGUGUUAAACAAUAAUACCAGUAAAAUGAAUAAAUUGAUCAAUGUCGAUGUACAAUCAACUGUUGGCCAAUUAAUUGGUGUGUUCGAUAGCAAUAUUCAUGGGGUAGUUUAUGACAAGGAAAACAAUAUACGAUUACAGUAUAAUCAUAAUGAAGGUGUCUAUUUCAAGCAACUUUUGGAUAGAUACACAAAGAUAUGGAAAUGGUCUGGAGAAAAACAUGUGCAUGCACCACCUUUUCAACCAAUGUCAAUAAAAUUAAAUGAUAUUAUAACAUUGAAAAUUUAUCGAUUUAAUAAAAUCCAUCUACACUUCCAAACAAUGAAAAUUAUUUGCAAAUUAGAUCUCACAAGUAAACAGUUGAAAUUACAAUGGAUAAACACAGAACAGUAUAAGGAACCAAAAUAAAUCUGAACAUUUUGCCUGACCGUAGCCUAUGAUGCAUGAUAACAAAUUUGAUGAAUAAGAAUAGUUGAUAUAGUGUAUUGAUUGUCAUUUGUUCAUAAUUAACAUGCUAUUGUUUUUACGGAGUAUGUGAAUUACUUGUAUUUUUAAAUACAAUCUACAUUUUUGCGUGAAUUCACCUUGUGAAUGGUGUGGAAUAGUGUGUCAUGACCCAAGUUAUCACUACAACUCAUUAUCAUUGGUUUGAAAAGGAACUGAGUCUGAUUUUGCACCAGAUUUCUGGGAAAGCGAACGUCUGAAAUCGUCUAGCAUAUUCCUCGCUUGCCAAAUAUUAAACUAACCACACACACCAACAACUAAAGCAUUUUAUUGUCACCAACGUACUACAGCAAAUACAGACGGGCACCACAUUGAAUCUACAAUUAUUCGACCAUAUUUACCUUGGGAGCGUUUCCACAGUUAAGCGAACCAUGUGUAGUAUUAUUGUAAACGCAAGUGAAGUUUAGAAUGGAGUAGAUCAGCGGACGACAUUUCGAAACUUAAGUGAUUGAAGAACGGAGAUACUACUUCCAAAUAUGGUACGAUCGAUGGAUUGGAAAAGGUUGAAAAAGCAAUCAACCGACCUUGCCAUAACAUGGGGUUACAUCAGAUACAUCAAUCCAUUUGAGUAUUGUCUACCGGUUAAGCUUUACAACGGCAUAGCAGAGGGGCAGGAAAAAUCAUAUCUUUUAAGUAGUACAGUACGUACAUUGGCAAACAUCUCCAGGUCACUAGUGUAUACUAUAGGAAUUGUACUUGGCCCCAACACAAUAAUACUAUCUUAAGUGUCCAUUACAACAAACACAGGAUCUCUCUCAACAUUAUUGUAGAUAAUACGUUUUUGCAUUACCGGUACCGAAAGUACCACAGUGGAUAGUCCUUCAAAACAGAUGUUUGGAUUUGCAAAGUGAUUUGAUACUACUAACUUUCCGUGGACUUGAUUUAAAAUUUAUUUUGGCACAAAACUGAUGCAGCACGGUCACCGUGAUGAGUUGCAUCAUGCAAAGUUUAUGAUGGAUGUUGCGUUUUUAGUUCAACUCCUUGGAAAAAACCCACUUGAAACUUGCUGAUUGAGAUAUAAAGCUACUCUAAAUUAACGUGUUCAAAGUGUGAUAUGUUGGCUUGGGCUUAUGCGAAUUUGCUAGAUCCUAUGCUGUUUAUUGAUGAGUAAUCGCUAUUCUUGCUUUAGUGAGCCCUAUUACAUUAAAAAACGAACAUUUAGGUAGUUUGGUGCUUAACAAAAGAGAACCAACGCUUGCUGGGGACGGAAAUAGUGACUGUGAAACUGCAUUGGAUACCGAAACUUCCAAUGAUUCAAGUGAAACCUCCUAAAAAAUUUAAACGGUCUACAAGGAACCUAACAGCCAGUGACUAACAACGGAUACAGAUAAGGCUUCAAAGGAUUUUAUUUUAUUCUUAUAGAGGAUUUGAACAUCGUUGGCAUUAACGGUUGAAUAACAAUAGGUGAUUUUGUUUUGACAAUGUCAACAGCUAUUAGUCAGCUAAAACGCGGGACAAGGCACACAUUCGUAUCGGUCCAAGUUGCCAUAACUCAAUAGCAUGACAAGAUGACCAACACCAAAUUCAUAGAAGCGGUUACUUCAAAACAUUUCGUACACGGAUAUGAUGCAGGAAGAAAGAAUCAGUUCAUAGAAAGAAAAGUAUAAAGUAUUUAUUCUCAGGGAAGACAAAGAGUAUAAACAACUACGCCAUUGUGAUCGAUUCCGAGCCAUCAGAGUAUUCAACCAUUGGUUAUGAUAGUCGUGCGGACCCCAGCCAAGUAUUCCACAUCUAACAACAUGACUAAGACUAGAAGUUAGUGACUUUAAGCAGCGAUGCCAAGUUUUGGUUUGGCCACUCCUAACUUUCUUCCAACCAUCCUCAAAACUAGUCAGCAUUGCACAUCGUGGUAAUCGGUGUUCAGGCAUACGCAACACGUGGCCCGACCAUCUCAGUCGAUGUAGAUUGAUAACCUCAUCAACUGAUUUACCAUCAUUUCCUAAUACCCUAGGUCUAACCUAACUAUUACUUACCCAGUGAUCCCAGAAGAUGCGAGCAAUAUUUCUAAGGCAUCUAUGGUCAAAUACUAGUAGCUUACGAGUGUCUUCUACUAUUAAUGGCCACUUUUCGCAACCGUAAAGUAGAAAAGAAUGGACUGCCGCACAGUAUACUCGUCCCUUAAUUGAUAGAUGGAUAUCUCGCCUUCGCCAUAGGUGACGUAAGUUAACAAAAGCCAAACGAGCUUUUUGAAUCCGCGUACAGAUUUUGUCAGACACUAAUCCAUUAGGAUUGGUCAGGCUUCCAAGAUAAGUGGAGUUGUGGAUGCUUCCGACUACUUCACUGCCUGUCCUUAGUUCAUGUGUUUACGCAGGCCAGUCCUGAAGAAACAACUUGCAUUUAGAGGAGGAAAAGCGCAUCCCAAACAUCCUGGGAUUGUUGCUCAGUGCUACCAAAAGACUGAAUUUUAUCAGCGUCUUCGACGCCCCCGAAUGCCCUGGUACGGCCGAGAGUGGGGAGAGUCCGCUCUCCAUCUCGAAAUACUCUCACACGGCCACGCGUAUACAGCCUCUGCCAGGGAAGUCCUACUCAUUGCCUUCUCGUGGCGGGGGUGUUGUUUACGAAAAUGAGAGGACGAAAAGCGAAUGUCCGGCGCUUUAACCGGAUUCCAAACCAAUGGUGCACAUGGGCUCCAGUAUCCUGAAGGAACAAAUGGCGUAUGAACUAAUUUUUGGUCACCGGCUACAUGGGACUGCAUCUCCUUACGAUGCUCCACUGCCUUGUGGGUUAGACCUUUAGGUCAAAGGCUUGGGGAGUGGCCCCCUAAGAUAACCACCUGCUUCGGUUUGGGCACCCGGGCAGUAUCACAGCCCACACACAAAUGAUGAGC